CUGCAGUGAGUAGGAGCUUUAUGUGGAACAAGAUUUGAAGAAAGAAAUCAGAACUAGUGGUGAGCUAGUCGCACCACCCUCAGCGCUACGCAGUGUCUCCCCCUCCCACCUCCCUCUUCCUCGGCCUAUCCCCGCUGUCCUCUGCUUCAACUGCUUCUUGUGGGACAACACGCCGCCAUGUCUCUCUUGGCCGCUCCCACCCCGUUCCUCUUCCUCAUCCUCCUCUUCCUCCUCCCACUGCCUCCCUGCCAGUCGGAGUCCCACCGAAGCAACCCCAGCAGCUUCCCCAGCAGUGACCCCGAGGCUCGGUCGGUGUCACCCUCCAUGUUUCCCUCCUUCUUCCCGCCCUCCAUGCCUUACGGUAACAGCACCACGCCUGCCAAGAAGGAGAAGUGUGGGGAGGUGUCGAUGUGCCGGCCUGGCAUCCUGCUGCCCGUCUGGCAGCCCAACCGGCCGGCAGUGGGCGAGCAGGUGGCCCGAGCUGUGGUGUACUUCGCGUCGCUCAUGUACAUGUUCCUGGGCGUGUCCAUCAUCGCAGACCGCUUCAUGGCCUCCAUAGAGGUCAUCACUUCACAGGAGAAGGAGGUGACCAUCACUCUGCCUAACGGAGAGACAUCGGUGGCAACGGUUCGAAUCUGGAACGAAACCGUGUCCAAUCUGACGCUCAUGGCUCUCGGCUCCAGUGCUCCGGAGAUACUGCUGUCUGUUAUAGAGGUGUGCGGUCACGGCUUCAAUGCUGGGGAGUUGGGACCAGGGACCAUCGUAGGCAGCGCCGCCUUCAACAUGUUUGUGAUCUUGGGGAUCUGUGUGUGGACGAUCCCCGAGGGCGAGACCCGCAAGAUCAAACAUCUCAGGGUGUUCUUCAUCACCGCCUUCUGGAGCAUCUUCGCCUACAUCUGGCUCUACCUCAUCCUUGCCGUCAUCUCACCCGGCGUUGUGGAGGUGUGGGAGGCCCUGGUGACCCUGCUGUACUUCCCGGUGUGUGUCAUCCUGGCGUGGAUCGCAGACCGCCGCCUGCUCUUCUACAAGUACAUGGGCAAACGUUACCGUGCCGACAAGCGCCACGGCAUCGUCGUGGAAACCGAGGGAGACUUGACGCCCAACAAGGGGGGCAUGGAGAUGAUCAUAGAUGGCAAGCUAACACACAGAAGUGGUGCCGUGGUUCCUGCCGAGAACUGUAGUGUAGGUCAGGAUGGCGCAGCGGGCGUCAAUAACAUCGGUGGGGGUGGCAACCUGCCCAACUCCAACAGCACCAUGGUGAAUGUGGAGAGCAACAAGGAGCUGGAUGAGAGCCGCAAAGAGGUGAUUCGUAUCAUUAGGGAGCUGAAGCAGAAAUACCCGGAUAAAGAGCUGGACCAGCUAGUGGAGCUGGCCAACUACUACGCCCUGCUGCACCAGCAGAAAAGCAGAGCCUUCUACCGCAUACAGGCGACUCGUAUGAUGAUCGGGGCGGGAAACGUCCUGAAGAGGCACGCAGCUGACAACGCUCGCCGCACAGCUGUUACCGACGAGGAGGCGCCAGAAGAAGAAGACAUGGGGAUCUGCAGCCGAAUCUCCUUUGAGAGCGCCCACAGUCAGUGCAUGGAGAACUGCGGCGUGCUGACCCUGGCUGUGGUCUGCCAAGGCGGUCUUGGAGAGAACACCUUCUAUGUGGACUACAAGACAGAGGACGGAUCAGCCAACUCUGGGUCGGAUUAUGAGUACAGCGAGGGAACUCUGGUGUUUAAACCUGGAGAGACCCGCAGAGAGAUCAAGGUCGGUAUAAUCGAUGACGACAUAUUCGAAGAGGACGAGCACUUCUUUGUGCGCCUGCUGAAUCUGCGUGUUGGAGACGCGGAAGGCAUGUUCGAGAGCGACGAGGUGGGUGCCGCCCCAAAAGGUCGAUUGGUUGAGCCCCUGGUUGCCACGGUGACCAUCCUGGACGACGACCACGCCGGCAUAUUCACAUUUAGCGAGCGCAUGGUGCGGGUGAGCGAGAGCGUGGGCACCAUGGAGGUGACAGUGGUGCGCAACUCAGGGGCCCGCGGCACCGUCAUCCUACCAUACAGCACUGAGUCCGGCACCGCCAAGGCCGGGGAAGACUACGAGGAGGCCCGAGGAGAGCUGGAGUUCACCAACGACCAGACCACUCAGAGCUUCCAGGUGAGGAUCAUUGAUGAUGAAGAGUAUGAGAAACAUGAAAACUUCUUCAUUGUUCUGGAGGAGCCGCGCUGGCUGAAGAGAGGGAUCUCAGCGCUGCUGCUCAGCCAAGAGGGUGCGGAGGGGCAGAUGAGUUCUGAGGAGGAGGAGGCCCGGAGGAUAGCAGAGAUGGGGAAGCCCAUCCUGGGAGAGCACAGCCGCCUGGAGGUGGUCAUCGAGGAGUCCUAUGAGUUCAAGAGCACCGUGGACAAGCUCAUUAAGAAAACCAACCUGGCACUGGUGAUCGGCACACACUCUUGGAGGGAGCAGUUUGUGGAGGCAGUCACUGUCAGCGCAGGUGAUGGCGACGAUGACGAAGAGGGUCGUGAAGAGCGUCUUCCAUCUUGCUACGACUACUUCAUGCAUUUCGUCACCGUCUUCUGGAAGGUUCUGUUCGCCUGCGUCCCGCCCACAGAGUACUGGAACGGCUGGGCCUGCUUCUUAGUCUCCAUCAGCGUCAUCGGCCUCCUCACCGCCUUCAUCGGGGAUUUGGCGUCACACUUCGGCUGCACCGUCGGGCUGCGGGACACCGUGACUGCUGUGGUGUUUGUGGCCCUGGGAACCUCCAUUCCAGACACCUUUGCCAGCAAAGUGGCCGCCAUGCAGGACCAGCACGCUGAUGCGUCUGUGGGUAACGUCACCGGUAGCAACGCUGUAAACGUGUUCCUGGGGAUCGGUGUGGCGUGGUCGGUGGCCGCCGUCUACUGGAAAGUCAAAGGGAAGGAGUUCAGGGUAGACCCUGGGUCGCUGGCCUUCUCCGUCACUCUCUUUACCAUCUUCGCUUUCAUCUGCAUGGGCGUGCUCCUGUUCAGACGUCGGCCCUCUAUCGGAGGAGAGCUCGGGGGCCCAAGAGGGGCCCGCCUCGCCACCAGCCUGUUGUUCCUGGGCCUGUGGUUCCUCUACAUCCUCUUCUCCAGCCUGGAGGCCUACUGCCACAUCAGGGGCUUUUAAAAAGGAGAUGGAAAAUGUUCUGAAAGAAUAUUGCACAGCAACACAAACAUAUACUCUAACACUCAGUCCAUACAGCACACACAUGAAACAAGUGUGACUUGUGGAAGUGUCCCAGCUUUUAAUGCAGGGAUACUAAAACACUUCAGGUACAUGUUCACACACACAUACACACACACACACACACACACACACACACACACACACACACACACACACACACACACACACACUAUGUACGCAUGUGUAAACAGAUCAUAACAAACACACACCGGCACAGUUACAGGCAUGAUAGAGGGCGAGAGGAAGUGUAAGUGAAGUGUUGAGGUUAGUGAACAUAAGAGGUUACUGCAGCAAAAUAAGCCGCGCGCAGACGGAGAAAGAAAGAGUGAAUGGGAAGUUGAGAUUUAAGAGGUGAGAAAGGUCAGGUGAGCCUUCUGUUCUACAGCCGGGGGGGGGUUGGGUAGGAUCAGACUGCUGAGAGAUAGGAAACCUGUGCACAUCAGACCAAAUGCAUCCAUCAGUUGCAUUGAAGGAACAACACUUUAGUUUCCUCGAACAAAACCUGCCCCCCUCCCAUCUUUACUGGUACAGCUUCCUGUUAAUAACCGAGGAGGUGAAACGCUGUGUGAAAAGGAGUGGAAUGUUUACAAUAACAAUAACAUUAAGUAUGUUUACUGGAGGUUCUUAUAAAGGGGCGAUGCUGAUCUCAUACACUGUACAGAAGACCGCGGUUCUCCACACGCGCUGUAAAUAAUGAAACCAGUGUACUGUACAUAUAGAGUGUAGUGUUUUCAGUAGGCAGAUGCCUACCAUUGACCAAGUUAGACAGGGAGGAAAUAUGUAGCUACUGUUCUGUAUAAUAAGUCAUAUUACAAAGAAAAGAAAAAGAAACACCCCCAUCAGGUCUCUGCUUCAACCUUUUUUAUAUCCAUGCAGAAGAAACACCACAGAUCCCAGACAUUAAAAAGAUGAACAUUUUUGGAAACAUAAUAUUAGGCAGUAAAAGUCUUAGCUGCCCAAACAGAGGAAUGCUACACUGGUGAAAUAAUACAGCCAUAUCCCCAAAAUACUGCGUUCCAGAUGUUUGUAUACCAAACCAACAGAUUGUGCAUGUAUAGUCAGAUACAGACCAUCCUCACACACACAGUCCAGCAGAAAUACUAUGUCAAAGGAAUCAAUCAGAAUACACCUGUCAUCCCUGAUGUUAAAUCAGACAUAUAAUGCUCACUUUCAGGUUUAUACUGGCCUUUUAGGUUUCUAUCUGAACGUGUUUACAUGAGUUUUUAACGAUAUGUCCACUUUACCUGUACAAAGCUGAGUGUGCAGGCACACAGGAGGGAGGAGAGUUGUUUGUUCUGAGGGAAACAAAAAGGGCAUUUUGUUCUCCUCAAGGGUCAAAUGUGUGCUGUGUGGAACUUGGUUCAAUGCUCCACCCAGACAGACUGAGAUGACUGAACUGCAGUGUUAGUUUACUUUCAACAUGGAAGCCUAUAAAGCCAGUACAUUACAAUAUACUCUUCAAAAAAUGGACAAAACAGAUUCCAAUCAUCAUCAACAGUCUACAGCAUAAUGAUCCACACAGAUCCUAAGCUACACUCAAAUUAGGAUGCAGGAUGCCGGUCUAAACGACUAUAUUGUUCAAGAUGGCACCCAUACAAUGCCUUAAGAUACAAUUCUCAAGUACAAAUCCAGUAUUCAAGCGUUCACCUGUACAGAGCUGCACUUUGUUUGAUGUAACUGAAACACACUGCUUUUCUUAGUGCAAUUUAUUAAAACUACCAGCCAUGUAAUACAGGAGCCAGACAUGCUUAAAAUGGCUUUGCAUUUUAAUAGCAGAUGUGCACACUGUUUGAAAAGAACUUACUUACAAAUAAUUUAAGGUCUAUCAUCUAACGUUCUCCUGUUUACAGUCUGUAGGUCAGCAGCAGACAAUGCUUUCCUUUUUCAAAACACGCUGUCGUAUCCAGAAUCUGCACAGAAGCAGCAUUCUCACUUUUCAUUUAAAUCAAACACAGUUUCUAUAGUCAUAGUACCAUAGUGUUGGCUGUUUCGCUCAGUAUUGCAUGGCGGAGAUGGAACAGACAAUAAAACUGUUCAAAAGCCUCUGUAGCUACUGGCUGCUAAAUCGACAGUAGAAUCAACUAGAGAAGUGCAAAACUGUUAAAUCUGCAGUGGCAUCAACACACCGACAUUUCAGCUAUAUCCUUUUUAUUCAGAUACAUAAAGCUGAGAAGUCGGUCCAUGAAAAAAUAAAGCCAUGUACCAAGAAAACCUGAUAGUAUAUCCAGAGUCCUGCAUCCUUUCCUACAUGAGGAAGGGUUGAUUCAAUACAGCGGCCCAUCGCAGUCAACAUUAUAUUUACUGUAAUAUUCAGUGCUGAAAAACAGUCACUUUGCAUACACUAUAUCACAAGCAUCUCACCCACAAAUAAUAAGUGCUAUCCAAGUGGAAUUUGUUAUAUCUAUUGUUCCACAUGAUAAUAUCAGAAAGAUUGGAUUCGUUAACCCUUGACUAUACUUUGUAAACUUUCUAAAACAGAUUUUGUAUCCUUUCCUUGACGAUAUAGCUGAAGUAGAUUUUUUUGUACUUCUAAACAAUGUUUAGAAUGGUAUUGAUAUAUAUACGAUGGGUAGUGUAGAUUAUAUCGCCAGUAAAUUUAGUAGAUUAGAUUUUGAUAUAUUUUCCACAGAGAGGAAGCUUUCCUUUGAACUGCUCAAACAGUGUAGUGUACCCUAACCACACAUAAUCCAUCUAACUUACUCUAUGUUUGUGUCUAUGUUACUUAUGAAUAAGAUUAUUUAAUUAGAUAUUUAUUUAUUUACAAGAAGAUUAUUUAUGUAUAGAUAAGCUGUGCCGCAGGUCCUUGAGGCGGACAGUUUGGAAGUUAGUACAAGGAGUGUGGUUUCAAUGUGCAAUACAGAAAACAAUUAAAACAUCUCAUUUAUUUAGUAGCUUUGACAAGAGGACAGUUCACAUCUUCUUCUGCUCCGGCGUUUGUUGUAACGCUCCGCCAACGUACAUUUAUCCAUUCAGUUCUCUCAGAGGAGGAGUUUUGAGUGUAAGUAGCAUGUUUACGUGAAGAAACUGCGGAACAUUGUCAGUAUAAUUGCAGUUGUGGGUCAUCAUGAGCUAAAGAAGAACUUUUGGUUGAUAUUAACGGUGUCUGUGCCCGGCCCUGUCCCUGCAGGGUGGCUCAGCACCGAAACACAGAACUCUACAAUGUCCGGACAAUGUUCCGUGUUUCCAUGAACUUCUGUACUAACUGUCUGGCUUCGGCCUUUGUUGUUCUGUAGCUUGAUGUGAAGCCUCUCUUCCUUAACCCCCACCCUCACCCCAAUGUGUCUCUGUGUUUGCUUCCCCUCCAUGUUCCUCUGCAGAUGCAUGUUGAAUCCCCGUGUUUGUGUGAUAGCAGCAUGGUCUACUGUGAUGGACGCCUAUAGGCACACUUUACCCGUGGGGUAAUUCCCCACAGUUUGGAACCCCAAACACCAGGGGCUCUUUGUGAAAUAAAAUGACCAAGUGGCACACAUAGACUGGACUCCAUACAGGUAUACUGAAGAUAACACACAAACAGAGGCAUUUAUUGGUCAGUGUCCACUGCUUACUUGUUUUGUUACCUUUAAAAGCUGUGAAAAGAAAGCUUGCUCUGUUGUGUCGAGGCUGAGUCUGCAACAAGCAAAUCCCAGGUCUUCUUUUUGUUUGCUGGUGUACGAUAUUUCUGUGUCUGUGUUAGUGCCCCCGCCCCCCCCCCCCCCCCCUCUUCUUGUUGUCCCAUUUGCCCCAGCCGCAAAGGUCUUGCUCUUCAAUGUGUCUGUGAAGUUUUUUCCUGUGAUGAUGAAAAUGUCUCUCUCUGCCUGAACUUUAGUAGGAAAUAAUGACUGAGUUACUACGAUAUCAUGUGAUAGACAUAAACAUUUAUUCAAUACUGUAAUAAAUUAUUAACUGAA